GAAAGUCCAUUCGGUUCUUCCAUUGGAACAUCAGAAGAUUCAGUUAACAAUGUUCUUCACUCAAAUCCUCCACACUGGCCAAAUCGCGCUGUGCGCCUACGGGGCAUACGUGUCCUACAUCGCCAUCCGCAACCUCCAGCAAUACGAAGAGACGAGCAAGAAAGCAGCAAAGUACUCUGGCGAAGCAGAGCAUCAACUCCACAAGACACGAACCACUCAAGCCAGCGGCGCUGUUUGCAUCUUGGCUUCCCUCGUCGCAGCCGUCACGCUGACCGUGGCACCCAACUCCCUGCCUACUUUCGUCAAGUUUGGCAUCUCACCUGCUGCUCUGGUGAUCACUUUGUUUGUUCGUGCUCACGUGUCCAACUUCUGGAAGGGCAAGGCCAAGGUGCCUUUUGUUGAUGGCUAUAAUGAGGCAAUCCAGAAGACUGGAGAGCUCCUGCAGAUUCUUGAGUACCUCGAGUACACUUGGGCCGGAACCGCGCUUGCUAGCGGACUGGUCGGAUACUGAGCAGAAUCCUUUCGUGGAAGUAGUCGGACCGGCCACGGGAGUUUUCAGUGCCAUCUUAUUACCGUCUGCUGAACAGAGAGCUCAACAAGAUAUCGCAACUAUUUUGAGACCGAAAUUAAAAUCCUCAUUUUCCAUCAAGGUGGUGUUGUAUACAGUAGGGUCCAAUCUCGGACCGUACGUCCAUUGUACCAAUUGAGGUAUCACCACACACUUUAGAAUGUCUUUCAAGGGUCUUCCAAUGGUGG